UAAGCGCUGAAGCGGCGUUGCGGUGACAGUUGCGGGUUCAUCGUUCGGCUCCGCGUUUACAUUUUAUCGUCCAUCCGCCAUCAGACAGACUAGGGUCACCAUGUCGAAGCCACUGUCAGACUAUGACAAAAGGAAGCAAAUCUCAGUGAGGGGACUUGCCGGCGUUGACAAUGUUUCAGAUCUCAAGACGAACUUUAACCGUCAUCUCCACUUUACACUGGUGAAGGACAGAAAUGUUGCCACAAAGCGGGAUUACUACUUUGCGCUGGCGCACACCGUCCGGGACCACUUGGUGGGCAGAUGGAUAAGAACACAACAGCACUAUUACGAGAAAGACCCCAAACGGGUGUACUAUCUCUCUCUGGAGUUCUACAUGGGUCGUGCUCUGCAGAACACCAUGGUGAACCUGGCUUUGGAGAACGCUUGUGACGAGGCUGCGUACCAGCUGGGACUAGACAUGGAGGACCUGGAGGACAUGGAGGAGGAUGCUGGACUGGGGAACGGAGGCCUAGGCCGUCUGGCGGCCUGCUUCUUGGACUCCAUGGCCUCUCUGGGUUUGGCCGCCUAUGGCUAUGGCAUUCGUUAUGAGUUUGGAAUCUUUAAUCAGAAAAUCGUUAGUGGCUGGCAGGUGGAAGAAGCUGAUGAUUGGCUGCGCUACGGCAACCCAUGGGAGAAAGCCCGCCCUGAAUACAUGCGCCCCGUGCACUUCUACGGCAGGACAGAGCACCACCCAGAUGGAGUGAAAUGGGUGGACACUCAAGUGGUCUUGGCCUUACCCUAUGACACUCCCGUGCCUGGCUACAGAAACAAUGUUGUAAACACCAUGAGACUGUGGUCUGCCAAGGCUCCAUGCGAGUUUAACCUGAAAGACUUCAAUGUCGGCGGCUACAUCCAGGCUGUGCUGGACCGAAACUUGGCUGAGAACAUCUCUCGCGUGCUCUACCCCAAUGACAACUUCUUUGAAGGGAAGGAACUGCGUUUGAAGCAGGAAUACUUUGUUGUGGCUGCCACGCUCCAGGACAUCAUCCGCCGCUUCAAGGUCUCCAAAUUUGGCUCUAGGGAGGUCGUGCGCACGGAUUUCACGUGUCUCCCCAAAAAGGUGGCCAUCCAGCUGAAUGACACCCACCCUGCCCUUGCUAUUCCUGAGUUGAUAAGAGUGCUGGUUGACGAGGAGAAGCUGCCAUGGGAAAACGCCUGGGACGUCACGGUGAAGACUUGUGCUUACACAAACCACACAGUGCUGCCCGAGGCUCUGGAGCGCUGGCCUAUCGACCUGUUCCAGACCUUGCUGCCUCGGCACCUCGAGAUCAUAUACGAGAUCAACCAGCGCCACCUGGAGCGCGUGGCAUCCCUCUACCCUGGCGAUAUGGAGCGUCUGCAGCGUAUGUCUCUGAUCGAGGAGGGAGGCAUGAAGAGAGUCAAUAUGGCGCACUUGUGCAUCGUCGGCUCACAUGCCGUUAACGGCGUGGCACAAAUACACUCCGACAUCCUCAAAGCCACUGUGUUUAAGGACUUUUAUGAGAUGGACCCGCACAAGUUCCAAAAUAAAACCAACGGAAUCACCCCCCGCCGCUGGCUGGUCAUGUGCAACCCAGGCCUGGCCGAGGUCAUCGCAGAGAGAAUAGGAGAAGACUUCAUCCGCGACCUGAGCCAGCUGAGGAAACUGCACAGCUUUGUUGAUGAUGACGCUUUCAUUCGCGAUGUCGCCAAAGUCAAGCAGGAGAACAAACUGAAGUUUGCCACACAUCUGGAGGAGCAAUACAAGGUGAAGAUCAACCCCAACUCCAUAUUUGACAUCCAAGUCAAAAGAAUCCAUGAGUAUAAGAGACAGCUGCUUAACUGCCUGCACAUCAUCACCUACUAUAACCGUAUCAAGAAGGACCCCAACAAGCAGUGGACCCCCAGAACCGUUAUGAUUGGUGGAAAGGCUGCCCCAGGCUACCACACUGCAAAGAUGAUCAUACGUCUGGUCACGGCCAUCGGAGAAGUGGUCAACAACGACCCAGUGGUGGGUGACCGGCUCAAAGUCAUCUUCCUCGAGAACUAUAGAGUCACCCUGGCUGAAAAAGCUAUUCCUGCUGCCGACCUGUCUGAGCAAAUAUCCACAGCCGGCACAGAAGCUUCUGGAACAGGUAACAUGAAGUUCAUGCUGAACGGUGCUCUGACCAUCGGCACCAUGGACGGAGCCAACGUGGAGAUGGCAGAGGAGGCCGGAGAGGAGAACCUCUUCAUCUUCGGCAUGAGGGUGGAGGACGUGGAGGCCUUGGACAAGAAGGGAUACAACGCCUCAGAGUACUACAACCGUAUUCCGGAGCUGAAGCUGGCCGUUGACCAGAUCGCGGCCGGAUUCUUCAGCACCAAGCAGCCUGACCUCUUCAAGGGCAUCGUCGAUAUGCUCAUGCACCAUGACAGGUUUAAAGUAUUUGCAGACUAUGAAGACUACAUGAAAUGUCAAGAGAAAGUCAGUGCUCUUUACAAGAAACCCAGGGAAUGGACCAAGAAGGUGAUCUUAAACAUUGCGGGUUCCGGCAAGUUCUCCAGCGACCGCACCAUCAGUCAGUAUGCUCGUGAGAUCUGGGGUGUAGAACCCAGUCUGGAGAAGAUCGCAGCCCCCGACGACCUGAAAUAACGCUCCCAGAACACCCGAGGCCAGCUCCGCCCUCAGCCGCACUAGCACGCUGCAGCAGCGAUCACAAGAAAAGCCGCUUCAGAAUAUAUUUAGCAAUGUCUCACUGUUUGUCUUUCAGGACUGUUUGUCUUUGUAAAAUGUCUCACAAAAACACACAUGUGCAGAGUCCAUCAGUUUCCAGUGCUUAAUGGUCAGUCAGUUUGGAAAGUGUCACGUGUCUAAGAACAGUGAGCAUAAAGAGUUUAUCAUUGUUCAGUUGUUUUGUUUUUUGUCAACUAGAAUAUGCUUUUGUAAUGGGAGAAAAUGUGAAAACACACUGAAAGUUCUAAACACUAGUCGGCGAUUGCAUCAGAGAGAUGCUAUGUCAUGUUAGGCUACCUCUCUGAGGUGUAUUGAAGACAAGAGUAUACAACAUGACCUUUUCAUUAGUGUUGUUUUUGUACAUCCUUACUAAAGUAAAUACACAUUGUCCUCAUUGAAUUCAAUAUGUUUAAAACUGAUCACUUAUCGACUAAGCUCAUUGUCCGGCAUAUCCACUUUAGUACAUAAAGUCAAACAGACACACGUGCCUGUAUCUAGCAAGGGGGUGAACCUUGCUAUUAACGGACAAUAAACCAUUAAGAAACCA